AACAACUUACUCCCAAAACCUUCUGUUUCAAUCCUCAAAAAUCAAGACCCCUCAUAAAGCUAUCUUCCUUUCAUCACAAAUCAUCCAAAAAAACAGGGCUUACCCUCCAAAAUACCAAAAAACAUCUAUUCAACCCAACUGGAAAUCACCGCCAACCCCCCAAAAUGGAACCAUGGAUAGGCAACCCCAAAACAGCAACAGACACCAACUCCCUCGUCGAUGAAGAAGAAGUGAUUUUCGAUCUCGAUGAAGUUGCUCUGUCUCAAAUCCCCAUCCACCUGCAGAAUAACAUGCGCGAGAUUCAAGCCGAGCGAGCUCAAAGACUACAGAAAGAAAAGGGCUGUUUCACUCGACGCAGGAAUGCAUUGGCUCCCGCGAACUCAAAAGCAAGCACACUUCCCGCCACAGAUGCAAACUACAAGAACACACACACAGACAGUUGGUUCCAGAAGAAGGUGACUAUAGAUUCGACUAGGGGGUUGUGUGGUGCAAGGUACGCGAAUGGGCAGGAGGAACAUGGAGGCGCACGCUCUCGUCCAGAGCAUAUGACUUGGUGUCCGCGGAGAAAUCGAUGGGUGUCGGCCUCGCGCUCGAACUCGAGCUCGGCUUUGGCUUUGGCCCCGGCUUUGGGCUCAGUGGCUUGCAUACAGCAGGGGCAGGUGGGUAAAAGUAGAGGAGGAAAUGACUGUGCGCAAGCUUACUGCUACAAUUGCAACGACGGGUUGAGGGACUUCGGGUGUGUUGAUAAGGAGAGAGUCGACGGUUUGAGUGGCGGCGCAGCUACAGUUGGAGGGUAUGUUGCUGCAUGUCGCAAGAGGAAUCAAUACAUGCUGGAUCCGAAAUGUGCUGGGCAGGGAUACUACGUGUAUGAAGCCCGGGCCUGUGAGAACUGGGAUUGGCAGCAAGACGGACAGGAACAGGUGAAUUGGCCGCCUUCUAGGAACGGCUCAUCAAUCAUGCAGAACAUGUGUGGUCAUGUACGCAGAAAGCUGCAGUGGGUGGGCAGGUUCAUGAAGGUGUGA